UGCGGAUAGAAUGCUAACAUUUCCCUGGCACAUGCGAAUAAUACAUUGCCGAGUGAAACCUUGGAAUAUGCCUUUCAUAAAGAGUGCAGUUAAAGUGUUGUUGCUGAUUCUGUAUGCAACAGUAAUGGCAGGUCAAGGGAAUGGACACACGGUCAUCUCAGGAAAACUCUUGUCCGGUGUUUUCAAAGAGACUCGCGUCCCCAGCUUCACGCUGUGUCAGUCUCUGUGCUGGUACUCCACUCCGUGCAGGGCCUACACCUGGGCUACAGGCACAGGCUUGUGUCAGCUCAGCAGAGACACCAGGAACACCUCACCUGCCUCCUUCUCUGUCAGCCGGCAUCAUGUAUACUCCGACACCACGGCUCCUCUUGGAAUGAAAUUUGACCACCCCUGUAGGGGACGACCAUGUUCUUUAGAUGAGACGUGUGUGCCAACGAAGGCAGUCACGGGAUACCUGUGUCUGCAUGGAGAAGUGACAGAUGUACCAUCAACUGGCCAGUCUACAUCACAGCUCACUGGUGCAUCUACGACUGUGUCUGCGUCUGCGUCUGCGUCUGCGUCCACUACACUAACUACUGUAGAAUCCACAUCUUUGACAACUGAUCUGCUGACUACAUCAAUUAACACAGUGACAGGUUCCGCAACUACUGAACGAGCUACUGCUGCAGGGCCUACCACUGUGACGACUACCACUGCAGCAUCUACUACUGUGACGACCACCACUGCAGCACCUACUACUGUGACGACCACCACUGCAGCACCUACUACUGUGACGACUACCACUGCAGCACCUACUGCUGUGACAACUACCACUGCAGCACCUACUACUGUGACGACUACCACUGCAGCACCUACUACUGUGACGACUACCACUGCAGCACCUACUACUGUGACAACUACCAGUGCAGCAACUACUACUGUGACAACUACCACUGCAGCACCUACUACUGUGACAACUACCACUGCAGCACCUACUACUGUGACAACUACCACUGCAGCACCUACUACUGUGACAACUACCACUGCAGCACCUACUACUGUGACAACUACCACUGCUGCACCUACUACUGUGACGACCACCACUGCAGCACCUACUACUGUAACGACUACCACUGCAUCACCUACUACUGUGACAACUACCACUGCAGCACCUACUACUGUGACGACUACCACUGCAGCACCUACUACUGUGACGACUACCACUGCAGCACCUACUACUGUGACAACUACCACUGCAGCAACUUCUACUGUGACUACUACCACUGCAGCACCUUCUACUUUGACAUCUACCACUGCAGCACCUACUACUCACCUACUACUCACCUACUACUGUGACAACUACCACUGCAGCAACUUCUACUGUGACGACUACCACUGCAGCACCUACUACUGUGACUACUACCACUGCAGCACCUACUACUUUGACAUCUACCACUGCAGCACCUACUACUGUGACAACUACCACUGCAGCAACUUCUACUUUGGCGACUACCACUGCAGCACCUACUACUGUGACAACUACCACUGCAGCACCUACUACUGUGACUACUACCACUGCAGCAACUUCUACUGUGACGACUACCACUGCAGCACCUACUACUGUGACUACUACCACUGCAGCACCUACUACUUUGACAUCUACCACUGCAGCACCUACUACUGUGACAACUACCACUGCAGCAACUUCUACUUUGGCGACUACCACUGCAGCACCUACUACUGUGACAACUACCACUGCAGCACCUACUACUGUGACUACUACCACUGCAGCACCUACUACUUUGACAUCUACCACUGCAGCACCUACUACUGUGACAACUACCACUGCAGCAACUUCUACUUUGGCGACUACCACUGCAGCACCUACUACUGUGACGACUACCACUGCAGCACCUACUACUGUGACAACUACCACUGCAGCAACUUCUACUGUGACGACUACCACUGCAGCACCUACUACUUUGACAUCUACCACUGCAGCACCUACUACUGUGACAACUACCACUGCAGCAACUUCUACUUUGGCGACUACCACUGCAGCACCUACUACUACUACUGUGACAACUACCACUGCAGCACCUACUACUGUGACAACUUCCACUGCAGCACCUACUACUUUGACAUCUACCACUGCAGCACCUACUACUGUGACAACUACCACUGCAGCAACUUCUACUGUGACGACUACCACUGCAGCACCUACUACUGUGACUACUACCACUGCAGCACCUACUACUUUGACAUCUACCACUGCAGCACCUACUACUGUGACAACUACCACUGCAGCAACUUCUACUUUGGCGACUACCACUGCAGCACCUACUACUGUGACAACUACCACUGCAGCACCUACUACUGUGACUACUACCACUGCAGCACCUACUACUUUGACAUCUACCACUGCAGCACCUACUACUGUGACAACUACCACUGCAGCAACUUCUACUUUGGCGACUACCACUGCAGCACCUACUACUGUGACAACUACCACUGCAGCACCUACUACUGUGACAACUUCCACUGCAGCACCUACUACUUUGACAUCUACCACUGCAGCACCUACUACUGUGACAACUACCACUGCAGCAACUUCUACUGUGACUACUACCACUGCAGCACCUACUACUUUGACAUCUACCACUGCAGCACCUACUACUGUGACAACUACCACUGCAGCAACUUCUACUUUGGCGACUACCACUGCAGCACCUACUACUGUGACAACUACCACUGCAGCACCUACUACUGUGACAACUUCCACUGCAGCACCUACUACUUUGACAUCUACCACUGCAGCACCUACUACUGUGACAACUACCACUGCAGCAACUACUACUGUGGCGACUACCACUGCAUCACCUACUACUGUGACAACUACCACUGCUGCAGGGCCUACCAAUGUGACAACUACCACUGCAUCACCUACUACUGUGACAACUACCACUGCAGCACCUACUACUGUGACUACUACCACUGCAGCACCUACUACUUUGACAUCUACCACUGCAGCACCUACUACUGUGACAACUACCACUGCAACAACUUCUACUUUGGCGACUACCACUGCAGCACCUACUACUGUGACAACUACCACUGCAGCACCUACUACUGUGACAACUUCCACUGCAGCACCUACUACUUUGACAUCUACCACUGCAGCACCUACUACUGUGACAACUACCACUGCAGCAACUACUACUGUGGCGACUACCACUGCAUCACCUACUACUGUGACAACUACCACUGCUGCAGGGCCUACCAAUGUGACAACUACCACUGCAUCACCUACUACUGUGACAACUACCACUGCAGCACCUACUACUGUGACGACUACCACUGCAGCACGUACUACUGUGACAACUACCACUGCAGCACCUACUACUGUGACCACUGCUAA